UCCCAAAGCUGAAUUAAGGGCGUCGCCAACACCAGAGGCGUCAGUGUGUCGCUAAACUAGCUCUCUGCAGGAGGCGUGACAUCAAAACCACCAGUCCACCACCUGCAGCCACCACAUCAGGAGUUCAUCUUGGGGCAGCGUGAAACUGACUAACAAACACCAGUCAUCGAGGAUCUUAUUGGUGCAAGGCUUUUGUAUAAUUCUAGCUGUUUCUGACAUUCCAUGGCCGUCUUUGAUACACUCUAACGGUCUCUUAUGUCUGACUCUGACAUUCUCUAAGCUUCGAGGAUAAACCUAAGACUUAAACGAUCCUCAAGAUAUCAAACUUUCAAAAUACAACGAAGAUUCGAAAAUCAUCUUUUUUGAGACGGCAUUUCUACUCGUGUUUGCUCCUUGUCUGAAUAAAUAUAUCUUAAAUUUAUCCAAUACAUCUACACCAGAAAAAAUACAAUAUACGAAAUAGAAACUAAAGCCAUAAAACUUCCAGCGCUGCAGAGAAUUUUAGAAAACUAACAUUUGUUGGAAACUUAUUAAUUGAGGAGUGAACACACGCGAAUUGGGUACAGUAUUUGAGUUUGAGGAAGCAAUAGAAUACAAGACAACACCAGCAGGCAGGAGUGAGGUGUGACGCCCAACAUCACUGUACUGAAACAUGCGCCUAACAUGGGUUGACGUAUGUGUGGUGGCGGGGUUGUGUGUAUCGACUACAGCCUCACCAUUGGGUCAGCUGGGUGUGAUGGCUGCCCUCUCUGCUGCCGUGCCUCGUGUCUUACACAAGUCUUGGGGGCAAGAGGCUGCUCCCCAUAACACGAGGACGAUGGGUACGACGGCGUCUUCUGAGGUCGAGAAAUGGGUGUGGCCAGUUUCUGAAGAGAGCCCAGGGGAGGGUAGCCCCCACAGGAAGAGUGAGAGUCGUAGUUUGUUUACCUCCAUCAUCGCCCCCUUUGUAGGCGGGCGACAGCGUCCCCGCGGAGGCCACAGGGGGCGUGAGAAAGGCAAGCCUGUGGUGUGGAGACACGCCUACACCCGCAACCCUCCCAGGGCCCCUCCGCCCCCACCCGCCAUCUACCACCCCUCCGGUGUAUCGCCUCAUCUGAUACAGGCAAACCUGAGACAUCCUCCAUACAGUGACUACCCCGCGGACCUGGAAACGCCAGAGUAUGUGGGAGACGCUAACUCUAUCUCCACCGUCAACGUCGAUGUUUCAGAGUUCUCUGAACCAAGACCCGAGGACGUUGUAUACAUCAGCUUUGAAGACGGUGACGAUGGCAGUAGUUUCCAGCAUAACAGUGGCAAUUUUAUUCAAGUUUCCUUAGCCAAUCAGCCAACUUCGUCCCUCUCUACCAGCUUCCAACCACCUCCAGAAUUAUACGGAGACGAGAACGCGGCGUCGCCGUACUCAUCGUCAGAGAGUGUCGAAAUAAACGACUUCAUGUCACCUCCUCCAAUCAAAGACCUCUUUCACACCGUUGACGUCACCGGCAAGUUCUCGCAGAGUGUAGAGCCCAACCUAGAUAAUUCAAUAGAAAUCCAAAAAGAAAACGAGUUUUUUAUCACCGGAGACUUGCCUAAAUUUAUCAAUAACAACGGGGGCCAUAUUUCUACAACCUUAGAACACCAUCACCACCAACAACACCAACACCAACAACACACUGAUUUAACACAGCAGCAACCGUCCCAACCUCCUCAACAACCAAAUUCCUUUACCACAACUCAUUUACAGCACAACACACAAACUAUUUCAUCUUCCUCACUUUCACAGCCCAAUCAGCAACCCCAGCAAUUACCAUUGUUGUCAUUAGAUAAUAAUCAACAAUCACUAUCAUCUGGACAUGAACAACAGUCGCUAGCAUCACCAUCGCCAGAACACACACAACAAUCGCUAACAUCACCAACAUUAUCCCCAGACCUCACUAUGGAAUCACAUUCAGCACCAUCACUAUCACCAGAAUUUACAGGAGAGUCACCAUCAUCAGGACACGACCAGCAGUCACCAUCCUCACCCCUGCCACUAUCAACACACGAACAACAAACUCCAUCAUCUCAGUCAAAACCAUCACAAGACAAUCAACAGAUGUCGUCUCCCUCAACAUCAUCACUUCAGGAUCAAAAUCUCUCCUCAGCGAGGCCACAACGAACGCCACCCCCACAACCAUCAACAACAACAACAGCCUCAAAAACUAAGUCUGCAACGAAGAUAAAAACAUCUGUGCCCUCACAGAUAACUCAAACUAUACAGAAAUACGAAGCAGCGUCCUCCCAACUGUCUAAAACAAAAUCCCAUGGUAGUACUGAAGCACCGCCUGCCAAGCGUCAGAUUCUCUCUACCCACCAGCCUCUGUCUGCGGAGAUCGGAGUGGAAAUACCGCUCUCUCAGGACUUGAACCAGGUGUCAGACAGCUCGUUCGACACUCAGUCAAAGCUAUCACCUUUCCAGACCAAACUGACGGGCGAUGCGUUUGAACCACUGCCAGGCUUCAGCGAGGAGGAAAUAGGACCAUCGGGAGGCACUACUAUUGGCUUCCUGCCCUUUGACGGCAGCGACGAAUUCUUUUCUCACAUUUUCAAAGGCAAAAAUCCCUUUGGAGAGAAGGUUGUUACAGAGGCCUCAAACACCCGCGUCGCAACACCCACACCCCUACAGCGACCUGACGUCCGCCGCCCCUCCUUUGCCGGAGGACCAACUGGUCCCACACCCAGACCAACCUCGUUCCAGACCCUGUUAUACUCCGAUAGUAUAUCUGCCACCCUCAGACCCGCUUUUCGAACUUCCUCAUCUUCCGCUAUCUUCCACCAACCACUCGCAGCCUCCAGUUCAGCAACCAGCUCCUCUGAGGCAGUCUCCCAGGCCUCAACCAGCAACUUCCCUGUGGAUAUCACCAAAACGCCUCCUAUAGAAGGGCCUUGGAACCCCCUGCCGGAGGUGAACACAGCGGGGCCCUUCGCCGUCACUGAAGUAGACGAAAACCCCUCACCUCUCCAUCACUUCACCCAGCCUGUAGGGAUUGCGGGUCAAAAGAGUCGUGAAAACCCAGCUGGCUCUGGGGACUUUGCUGACUAUGACGUUCUGGUGCUGCCCUACACAACCGUCGACACCCAGCAGAAGCGAGAGACCUCAGCCAUCGCCCCCCGCAACCCGGAGAAGGCCCCGGUCUUCGGUCUCCCAAUUACGCCAACGAAGGAGGAGGUGUCUGUAUACCUGGUGAGGCGACAGAGGCCGAGUGAGGACUGGAUCAACGUGCCCACACGAACUCCAGCUGGCUCACGUAAACAAACACUACCAGCUAACACCAUCACCCGCGACCCUAAUGUCCCUUCCCAUGUGCUGGGCCAAGACGCCUUCCAGUUCGGCGGCUUCCCUGGGCCCGCGGACGACACCACUAGUCACAGAAACGACCCUCGGCAAACUGGCCACGACCUGAGGCGCUCCCCUGUCAGCUUCGGCGACAAGAAGUCAACAGAAGGGAGGGAACUGCCGCUGGAUCACGGCGACCCCAACCACACCCUCCCAACCACCCUACGGAGAGACCAGGGAGUAGCGGGUGCCGGGAGCCACUCUGAAGGUCGGGGCUCACAAGAAGCUUCCACUGAGACCCAAGGUCGUGAAGUCUUCUUCAGCUCCGGGGAACAAGUCGAGGACUUCAUGCAGGUGUUGGGGUCACUAGCGCCACCGCCCUCGUCCUUCUGCCUCCACGGCUUCUGUCAGGACCAUACCCCAGAUGACGACAAGUAAUACAUGCUCGACCACCUCCACACGCACCUACAUCAACGCUCAACUGCAUUGCAACACAUCCACCCGCACUGUUAUCAACGCACCGUCACCCUUUGUAGCAGAUGCAUUGUCAGCCACCGUCUCUCCCACUUACACCCUCCCAUCAUGCCUGUUCCACUUACUCCUAUAGAACCCGCGCCUUAUCCCAUGCAGUGUGUUACCCACCCACUCCACCCAUGUACUGAUUCCCUUAAUGCACCAGCACAAAUAUAGUUAUUUAUUCAUUGGAUAUAAAUUAUUCUAAAAACAGUCAUCGAUGUUUAUAUUGUAUUUCAUCUUUUUUAAUGUUAUUUAACAAGUUGCUUAUUUACUUAAUUAGAAUUUAAAUGUUUAUGCUUCAAGAAUAGCAAGUCAGGAAAAGCAUGUGUUUUAUGUCCUUAAGAGAAGAGCUACGGGGGGAUCUAUGAUAAGAAACACAUCAUUACUAUUUUUUAUCACAGGUGUUUUAAAGUAAUGACAAGGUUGGAAUUAUUACCUGUACGAUGUAACUGUUUAAGUAAUACGUUGUCAACACACAGCUACUUUAUUGUCACCAAUCAUAAGCACCAGUAGCAGCAGCAGUAGCAGCACUGUCACCAUUACCACCACUAUAAACAUCCUCACCAAACAUUACCAACGUUGUUCCUAUGACCACAAGUAACAAUAUCACCAACACCACC